UGUUGGACAGUGGGGCGCAGAGUGGGGGCGCGGAGGGUUAUGCAAGCACAAACGUCGUGUUGUCGGGGAUGUGUAUGUUAUAGACUUAGGCAAGGCUGUAUAGGAAAGGCUUAGGGACAGUGUGAUGGCACAGUGAGCAGUAUUAUUGUCUAGUCUGGCGACAAGACCCAGGAUGUCAUACCCGAACCGGGCGCCAUUCAGAGCCAGCCCGACGCCGUGGUCGCCGACGGCGGGGUCGUGCCGGCCGCCGGCCUCACCCGGCCGCUGGACGCCGGUGGGCUCGCCGCGUGCCGGUGGCGCCCGGCCCUGGUCGCCUCAGCCGGCCGGCCGGCCCGUCGCUGGCCCCGGCGGGCCCGUCGGGCCGGUGCUCGCCUCCCCUGCACGGUCGGGCACGCCCGUGCUGUCGGGCCGGUCGGUGACGCCCGACCUGUCGCCGGGCCGCGCCACCGCUGCCGGCCGGAUGACGCCGGCUCACCAGCCCGCCUCGCCGGGCGCCCAGAUGACGCGCGACGGACGCCCGAUGACGCCCCAGCGCCUGUUUUCGCCCAGCAGAAUGCUGGGCUCCCCGCCAGCACAGGCGGGCGGGCCGGCCCAAGGUGACGAGCCGCCCAGCUCGCAAGAGAUCAUCGACAAACAGUCGCAGGAAUACGUCGACGAGAAGCUGGCCGAGUUCCAGGCAGCCAUCCACCACCUGCAGGACGAGCAGGAGCGCGUGCAGAAGAAAACCUUCCUCAACUGGAUCAACUCGUACCUGAAGAAGCACCAGCCGCCGCUACAUAUGAGGAGCCUGAUCGAGGACCUUAAGGACGGCUCCCGGUUGCUGGCUCUGCUGCAGGUCCUCUCCGGACAGAAGCUGCCGGUGGAGCGAGGUCGGGUGCUGAAGCGAGCCCACUUCCUCAGCAACGCCAACACGGCUCUGCAGUUCCUGCAUAGUAAAAACAUCAAGCUAGUCAACAUCAACCCGUCGGACAUCGUGGACGGCCGGCCGGCCGUCGUGCUCGGCCUGAUCUGGACCGUCAUCCUCUACUUCCAGAUUGAGGAGAACACGCGUGCGCUAGAGCAGCUGGCCCGGCGGAGCAGUGUGGGCGCCGAGCCGCGCUCGGCCACGGCCACGCCGACGGGGCCAGCGCCGCGCGGUCCGGCCGGCCCGCCGCGCGGCGGCGCACGCCGCACCCUGCUACACUGGGCCCGCACCGCCACCAAGUCAUACGGCAUCGAAGUCGGAGACUUUGGCCGUUCCUGGCGUGACGGCAAGGCAUUUGUGGCCAUUGUUCAUUGCAUCAAUCCCACCAUUAUCGACGUGAACGCUACGGAACGGAUGCCCACCCACGAUCGGCUGGAUACGGUUUUCAAGGUGGCCGAGGAGGACCUGGGCAUCGCCCGGCUGCUGGACCCCGAGGACGUGGACGUGCCGGACCCGGACGAGAAGUCAAUCAUGACAUACGUGGCCCAGUUCCUGCACAAGUACCCGGAGCCGCAGACGGUGGCACAGCCGGUGAGCGGGGGCGCCCGCUCGCCCGCCCAGGAGGUAGACGACAUCGCCGCGUGGGUGGUGUGCACAACCCAGUCGCUGGCCGCCCUCAGGCCGAUCCGGAAGGACGAGUUCAUGAGCUUUAAAACGGUGAAAAACGACGCCUCUGAGCGGUACCUUCGAUACGAGAAGCUGAAGACUAUGAAUCUGCCGGUGCCGUCCGAUGUGUGGAGCCGCGUUGACGAAGGCUGGAACGCCCUGGAGAUGCUGCUGAGCGGGUGGCAGACCCACCUGGACUCGCUGCUGCCGGAGCCGUUCCUGGCGGUAGUGCAGUGGAUACACGGCGCCGAGCUGUUCCUCGAGUCCUCGGACAGUGUGCCCACUGAAACCAACGAGCAGACGGCCAAGCUGCUGACGGCCAGCCUGGAAGAACACAUGGCGUUCUUCGGCGAGCUGCCGCGGGUCGAAUCGGAGCUGCGCCGAGGCGUCGGCCUGCCGGUAGCCUCCCAGCUGCCGCCGCAGCAGCUGGCACACAUCGACAAGCGGCUGAAGGCGGUGCGCGGUCUGGCGCACCGACGCUGGGUGCGGCUGAAGUACAUGGAGCACCGGUGCUGCAUCCUGGCGUUCCUGAUCCUGAUGGAAGGCCGGGUGCGCGCCUGGACGGUCAAGCUCGGCCGGCAACCGCGCGUCGAGCAGAUGCUGCACGAGUACCAAACGUUCGUCUCCGACCGCAACGUCUUCCACGAGUUUGAGCAGGCGUUCAUUGACAUGAAGCGUGUGGCGGACGACUUCAUCAAGGACGGCGGCGUUGGUCCCAAGGAGAAAGAGGUGGUAGUGCACUUUAUUAACGAGGUCGGCGAGCGCUGGCGCUUCGUGUCUGUGGAACUGCAGUGCCUGCGCUCCAUGCUGGAGGAGGUGCUCUCCUGUUGGAAGAAGUUCUCACACGGCCACGUGGCACUGAACGCGUGGAUGGACAAGGCCGAAACCAUGUUGGACAAGAGCGAAGAGGAGAAGCUGGAGUUCUUCCAGGACCUGCCCACCUGGUCGGAGCGGCAGCAGCAAACCGACGACUCGGGCCAGUUCCUCACCGCCACCUGCCAGGACGACGUGGCCGCCGAGGUGCAGGAGCAGCUGCACCAGCUGCAACGUCGCUGGCAGCUGCUCUUCAAGCACGUGCAGCGGUACAUGCAGAGCGGUCAGAUCCGGCAGCGGCUGGCCGAGUUUGGUCAGCUGACAGCGCGGCCGGGGCGCUGGACGGAGCGGGCGACGGCGGGCCUGGCGGCGCCGCUGCCCUGCCGCCAGGGGGAGCUGCUGCAGCGGCGACAUCUGGCCCAGUCGCUGCUUGACGAGUUUGCUGAGGUGGAAGCGGACCUGAAAGCUGCCAACAAAAUGAUACAAAUGCUCGGUGACGACAUCUCAGAGGAGAAGCAGCAGCAAAUGUGCCAAACACUGAAACAGUUAAAAGACGCAGCGGACGCGCAGCAAACGCGCUGCCAGCAGCAGCUGGCCGGCUGCGCGCAGGCUGCCGACCGGCUGGCGGCAGCCGAGCGCGGCCAGGCCGAGGUGGCCGACUGGCUGGACGAGCUGGCGGCCGUGCUGGACGAGCACCAGCCGCCGACGGCCGCCGACCAGCUCAGCUCGCGCGCCGACGUCCUGCAGGCGGUGCUGGCGCGCCAGGUGUACUGCCGCUCACUGCUCGACACCACCGUCAAGAUAGUGAGCGGCCUCCUAGAGGCGGUGCGGCCACUGCAGACGGUGGACACGGCCCAGCUGGAGGCAGCCACUGACGCGCUCGGUCCAGCGCUUCACCGAGCUGACCGGCCGCGCCGACCGGCUUCAGCAGGAGAUAUCGUCGUCAUCGGAGGCGUGGACACUGUUCGAGCAGAGUGUGCUUUCCGUCACCGAGUGGCUGGACAAGGCCGACCGGAUGCUCUCCGAGCGGGCCGAUACUGAGCAGUUGCUGGAGGAGCACAAGCGCGCCUUCUACGAGGCGCCGACCGAGCGGCUGACGGCGAUGAGCGAGCGCGGCCGCGAGCUGUGCGCCGCGCUGCCGGCUGACGGGCAGGAGACGCUGCGGGCUACCGUUGCCCG